CCACCCCCCGACAUAACCAAAGUCCAACUCCAAGGCUGCAAGGUCCAGAGAGAGGUCAAGAUGGGCUUUCUGUUCUCAAAAUCUAUGAGUGAAAACAUGAAAAGCCAACAGGAGUUCAUGGUUAUGCAUGCUCAACUUCAGCUGGAGAGGCAGCUGACGAUGCAGAACGAGAUGAGGGAGAGACAGAUGGCCAUGCAGAUCGCCUGGUCGCGGGAAUUCCUCAAAUAUUUUGGAACCUUUUUUGGCCUUGCAACCGUCUCUCUGGCAGCUGGAGCAAUAAAGCGGAAGAAUCCAGCCCUUUUCAUUCCUGUAGUUCCGCUAAGCUUCGUCCUCACCUACCAGUACGACCUGGGCUAUGGAACGCUCCUACAGAGGAUGAAAAGUGAAGCUGAAGACAUAUUAGAAACAGAAAAGACUAAGUUGGAGCUGCCAAAAGGAAUGAUCACCUUUGAAAGCCUUGAAAAAGCAAGAAGAGAGCAGAGCAGAUUCUUUGCAAACAAAUAAAGUCACAUUUAUCCUCGGAGCACGUGUUGCGUCUCAAAGCACAGAAUUGCUGACUUGAAUCGCAGUGUUUACAGUUUUCUAAAUGAUCAAGAUUUUGAUACAAUGCAUUUUUAUUUUAGAAUAUUAAAAUUCAAAAUGAAUUCGAUGAACUCUUUUAAAAUAAAAUUCCUAGGACUCAACCAAAUCAUGGCAGUGUUCUGAACAACAUUCAAACUUCUUGUGCGUAUGUGUGUUUUACAAUUAU